AUGUACUACCGCAGAAACAGCGCCGACUCCGAAGAACCGAGCGCUGCUGGCCUUAAAGUCCUACCAAAACUAAAGAAACGAACCCAGACGCGGCCGCCGAGCCCGCACACCAGCGGGCAACCCGCCCCUCCCGCCGCCCCACAGUGCUGCGCGCAUAUUUGCAUAGCGCGGUGCUCACUAGGGGAGAUUCGCCCCCUCAGGUCCGCUCCCCGUAAGCUGCCCCGCACCUCUGCCAGUGCCAACCGCUACUCCAGCACGCCUCCCAAAGCGCCCCUCACAGCGGGCGGUACGUCAUCAGCACGCGCCGCUCCCCGCGCGCCAUCACAGCGGGGUAUUACGUCAUCAGCACGCGACGCGCCUCAUCGCAGCGGAGCCGUACGUCAUCAGUGCGCGCAGCGCCGGUCACGUGUCCCUUGUUUACCUCCGGCGGGAGUUGCGCUGCUGCGGCGGGCUGUGCGCAGGCCGGCGGCUUCCCUGGGAAGAGGGGAAGCACCUCGCGGCGAGGGCAGGUGGGAAGCGGACAGGCUUACGAUGUCGCUGCCAACGAAGAGGUGUGGAAGACCACCGGUGUUGUCUUUCCUGGAAAAGAAAAAGAGAAAACAAAGUCUUGAUAGGAGGAGAGGGAAAACCAGGAUUUAUGUUGGAAAUCAUAUCGACCGAUGGCUGACGCUGAAGGAAAAACUGGAUUUCAGAAACGAUGCAGAAGUCGCUGGGUUUUUAUUGGACUUGUAUGACAGCUAUGACCCGCUGACAAAAGCUCCCAUCUGUCCCCUCCCUGGGGGUGUGAGAAGAAUCACUGUGAAAGAAGAAAGAACAUUGUCAGACAGUGCUUGCUUAAUAGCAGCUGACGGAACGUAUGAUGAUGGUGACCCGUUGUCUAAAGAGGCUGCUUGUUCUGAACAUGGAGACUUCAGCAUUGUCACUGUAAAGGAGGAGCGAGAGAUGCCACCUCAUUGCUCAUCAGUGGAGACAGAUAACACGGGGACACUGAGAUCCUAGGACAUUGGCAUUGCAUGGUGUGUCCAAACCCUUCGCUAACAUGAAUAGGUGAACGUGUUGGGCUUCUGGAAGUAAUUCACUGGCUCAGAAAAAUUACUGGCAGCUGGAUCAGGAGAAAACAAACACCAGCGCUGAUGAAGCUGAAAAUUUCAAGUUAAUUCUUCAAAGCAGCACUUUCCUAGGACAGUACAGUUUUAGGUUGGAGUGCUGCAAUACUUUAAUUCCUGGGACUGACUUUCUACAGGGUAACCAGCAAGAAGAAAAUCAAGCACUUGAAUAAUGACUUUGGGGCAGUUCUUGGACCUUUUUGGUUUUGCUGGGAGGGUUUUGUGAGUUACAAAGAAUGACUGUAAGUUCUCGUAUGAAAUCCCAUGUAAUUCAUUGAACAACUAAUUAAACUUUAAUUACCUAAA